AUGGGGCGAUUCACAGCUGCUCUGGAUCUUCUUGGCCGUGCACCCUCCAGCUUUCUGUCGACCGCAGAUAGCAAUGAGGGGCAGGACUGGGAGGAGCUGGAAGCCGGAGACAACAGACCCGAUGCCGGGAGUUACGACUACUGGCAGAAGCGUGCUGCCACAUACGACCAGGACAUCUUUCGAUCCAGCGACGAGGACCAUGAGGGCAUCAUUCACGGCGAGAUUGAUGCAGCCGCGCGGCGCGCAGAGAAAGCGCGUGAGCUGACAAAAGGAGACGAUGGCUCACAUGCAGUUUCCAAGCUCGUGGCCGUGGAUGCCGGGUGUGGACCUGGUCUUUGGCUGGAUGCACUGACCAAGCGCUUUGGUCGUGUAGUGGGCGUGGAUCAGUCGCCCAACCUUCUUGAGAAGGCCAAGGUGGACCAUGAGCACCUCCUGCAGAGCAAGCACUCCAAGGUCGAACUCCAAACGGCCGCGGACCUCGGCCAGCCCUGCAAGAGUGAGUAUGCCGCUGAUGGUCAGGAGCUUUGUGGCCCAUCCGUGCCCGGUACCACGCACUCUGCCGACCUGGUGGCCAGCUUCAACGUCCUUCUCUCACCGAACAAACAAGCCAGAGAGAACAUCCUGCGGCGGGAGGUCGAGAUGCUGCGCCCGGAACCGGGCUCCACCUUACUGCUUCUCGUUCCGAGUGCGGAGUCGUACCGGGCUGUGCGGAAGCUGUACCGCAAGCUAGGCGGCGUUGAAAGUGGCUUGGGCAAGUAUGCAGACUACCUCUAUGACCACCCGGACGAAGAGGCUGACAACGUGUUUCGUGUUUUCGCGCUGACGAAGCACUACUCCAAGAAGGAAGCCUGCUCCAUGGUGGAGGCGGCUGGACUCGAGUGCGACAAGGUUCUAAGCUUUCCAAUGCGCUGGCGAUUCGUCUUUCCCUUUGCGUCAGACGAGGCUUCAUUUCUUGGGCGAUUCAUCUUUGUGCAGAACGGUAGUGAAUUGAGCCAUAGCUAUCUCUAUCUAUCUAUCUAUCUAUCUAUCUAUCUAUCUAAUAUAUAUAUAUAUAUACAUAUAUAUAUAUAUAUAGGGAAAGAAGUGGUCUCUAUCUCCUCGCACCCUAGGCUAGAAAACUGGAGUGGAGCAUGUCAAUGUUCCGCGAAAGCCAAGCCCUUGUGCGCGUUGUAUCUCCUGUUUGCAACCGACUGCGAACCGUGA